CAGUUCCCCCUCCUCCCCAGCCCUCCCUUCCCACGCCCCACUGCGCUGUGGGAUAGUGGCACUAUAAAGUAUAUCCUCUCUCGGCGAAAGAUAAGAAGCCCGAGACAGGAGGGGGAUGAAGAUGGCGGACGCCAAGCAGAAGCGGAAUGAACAGUUAAAGCGAUGGCUUGGCUCGGAAACGGACCAGGAGCCUCCUGUUUUGAAAAAGAAAAAGACGAAGGUGAAGUUCGAUGAUGGCGCCGUGUUUCUGGCCGCCUGUUCGAGCGGCGAUACCGAGGAGGUGCUCCGAAUGCUUGACCGGGGCGCUGACAUCAACUACGCCAAUGUAGACGGUCUCACCGCCCUCCACCAGGCAUGCAUAGAUGACAAUGUCGACAUGGUGACUUUCCUGGUGGAGCAUGGAGCCUGCAUCAACCAGCCUGAUAACGAGGGCUGGAUCCCACUCCACGCUGCAGCUUCCUGUGGAUACCUAGACAUAGCAGAGUAUCUCAUCAGCCAGGGUGCCAGUGUAGGAGUUGUAAACAGUGAGGGCGAGACGCCUCUGGACAUUGCCGAAGAGGAGGCAAUGGAGGAGCUCCUGCAGAAUGAGAUCAACCGGCAAGGGGUUGAUAUCGAGGCAGCCCGGAAAGAGGAGGAGCGCAUCAUGCUGAGGGAUGCCCGGCAGUGGCUCAACAGCGGCCAGAUCCAAGACGUGCGGCAUACGAAAUCUGGAGGAACGGCGCUCCAUGUAGCCGCCGCGAAGGGAUACGUCGAGGUUUUAAAGCUUUUAAUCCAAGCAGGGUAUGAUGUAAAUAUUAAGGACUAUGAUGGCUGGACUCCUCUACAUGCAGCAGCACACUGGGGCAAAGAGGAGGCCUGUAGGAUACUGGUUGAGAAUCUAUGUGACAUGGACAUCAUGAAUAAAAUGGGUCAGACUGCUUUUGAUGUAGCAGAUGAAGAUGUUCUGGGAUACUUAGAAGAACUACAGAAGAAACAAAAUCUGCUGAGAAGUGAGAAGAAAGAUGUUAAGAAAUCUCCUCUGAUUGAAACAACCACCACUGGGGACAACAAUCAAUCACUGAAGCCAAUCAAGAGCAAAGAAACGCUGCUUCUGGAGCCCGAGAAGAGCGCUCCUCGCAUCGAGACCUUAGAGCCAGAGAAAGUGGACGAAGAAGAGGAGGGUAAGAAGGAUGAAUCAAGCUGCUCUAGUGAAGAAGAGGAGGAAGAAGAUUCAGAAUCAGAGACUGAAGCAGAAAAGAGCAAGCCCUCAGCAGCAGUGAGCAACAGCACAACACCAACCAGCGUCACGGUGUCUUCUCCAACUAGCCCAACUAACCAGGUGACGACCCCCACUUCACCAGUUAAAAAGGUCACUCAGCCUGCUGGAAAGGUCUCAACUAAAGUGGAGGAGGAGAGGAAGGAUGAGUCUCCAGCGUCCUGGCGUUUGGGUUUGAGGAAGACGGGCAGCUAUGGAGCGCUGGCCGAGAUCACUGCCACCAAGGAGGCACAGAGGGAGAAGGAUACCACUGGGGUUAUGCGUUCGGCCUCGAGCCCUCGCCUUUCCACAUCUCUGGACAACAAAGACAAGGAGAAGGAAAAGGAUAAAGGAACCCGGCUUGCCUAUGUGGCUCCAACCAUUCCCAGGAGACUGGCCAGUACUUCGGACAUUGACGAGAAGGAAAACAGGGACUCCACUGCUCUGAUACGUAGCGGCUCCUACACCCGGCGACGCUGGGAUGACGACCUGAAGAACAGUGAAGGAAGUGCCUCCAACAUCCGAACCCCCAGCUACCAGCGCAGCACUUCCCAUACGCUAGCGCUAGGGCGGAGCGGCAGCACGCGGGACGUGCCAGCCAAGUCUUCGUCAACCUCCAACUUGGACCCUAACACCUGUAAUACUAAACCUUGGCAGCCACCCACCUCCCACUACCCGUCUUACAGCAUUUACCGCAGCGGCUCAUUCGGCAGACGACACGAGGACUUGGGCUCCUCGACCACUUCCUCCGCCACGACCACCUCCACCUCCUCAUCUGUUACCUCGCCCACGGGCCAUCGUGGCCUGUACUCAAGCCUGGGCUCCUCCUCCACUCGCACUGGCUCCACCAGUCUCACCAGCAGGUACUGGUCAGAGGAGAGUGCAGAGAAGGAGAAGGAGUCGGCUGCUGUCGUCCCCACUAUAAACACUGGCUCUACUACGACCACCACGUCUACCACUACCACCACUACCACUGGCACUGGCACCGAAAGACGCAGGUCGUACUUGACUCCAAAGCGAGAUGAGGAGUCGGAGUCUCAGAGGAAAGCUCGCUCCAGACAGGCUCGACAGUCAAGGAGGUCCACCCAGGGUGUGACUCUGACUGAUUUACAAGAGGCUGAGAAAACAAUCGGCAGGAGUCGUACCACAAAGACUCGGGAGGAGGAGAAGGAGGAGAAAGAGAAGCAGGACAAGGAAAAGCAAGAGGAGAAGAAGGAGACUGAGACGAAGGACGAUGAUUACCGAUACAAGUACCGCACCUACGAUGAGCGGUCAAGGCCUUCAUCUUCUUCCACCUCCACCAUUUCCUCAGUCAGCACUGCCUCCACCCCUUCCUACUCUAGCACCACGUCCUCCAGUUCUAGCUCCCUCAACAGGCCUAACAGUCUGACGGGGAUAACCUCCUCCUAUAGCCGUUCCUCCAGAGAUACAGAAAAGGCAGAAGCAGACAAGAAGGAGGAGGAAAAGGAGGGAGAGGACAAGUCUCAGCCCCGCUCCAUACGGGAUCGCAGGCGGCCCCGCGAAAAGAGACGUUCCACUGGGGUGUCCUUCUGGAGUCAGGAUGGUGAUGAAAAUGACCCCGAUCAACAGUCGGACUCGGAGGAGGGCAACGCCAAGGGAGAGCCACAGAGUGACCGAUUGUUCAGGAAUGAGAGCACUUCAUCCUUAGAUCGUAAUGACACUCUUUUUACUCGUAGCUACGGUGAAAGUCGAAGGCCGUAUUCUAGCCGACUGGAUAAAGAUGACGCCACUGACUACAAGAAGCUCUACGAGCAAACAUUAGCUGACAACGAGAAGUUGAAGGCUCAGUUACGUGACACAGACCUGGAGCUGGCAGACUUGAAGUUACAACUAGAGAAGGCCACACAGAGGCAGGAACGCUACGCUGACCGAUCACAGCUUGAGAUGGAGAAAAGGGAAAGAAGAGCUCUAGAAAGGAAGAUUUCUGAGAUGGAGGAGGAACUUAAGAACCUCCCCCAGAUGCUCCCAGACUUGAAAGCAGACAACCAGAGACUAAAGGACGAGAACGGAGCGCUCAUUCGAGUCAUUAGCAAGCUUUCCAAGUAGAACAGACCCCACCCGCCCCAUCUUCUGCACCCUCCCUAGUCCCCCAUGGCAGUGACUAAUGGAAUUGCACAUUUAGAUAUUAAUUGCAACAGACAUCGGAGGCAAGACUCCCGUUUUCUUUCUUUUCUUUUUUUUUUUUUU